CGAAGUUAUUCUCGAUAAAAAAGGGUAAAGUAAUUUCCCUAAUAAAUACUCGCUAGCUUUCUAAUAACGUGUUAGUUAGCGUAAGCAUAUUAUAAUAUGCCGUGUUGCCUUACUAUCCUAAGUUACGGCUGCGGCCAUAAACAUCUCUGGAAAGUAUACUGCACUAACGACUGCCGCGAUACCCUAUGCCCGUCUUGGGAGCAGGAACUCCUCGCCCAACUAUAUUACCGUUGGAAAUGCGAGGACUGCUAUACUCGUACUUGGGAGGAGCGCGAACAGUGUCGUACCGACGCCUUCGACGAAGAGGCGAAUGCUAUUAUAGCACGCCGAGAUAUGGCUGAAUGCUAUAAGUCGUUUAUUAUUGCCGGCGUGCGGGCCCGCGAGAUCUGGGAUGAUUACCGCGUAGAAAAGGCCCGCGUCGAGCAGGUCGAGGAAAUCCAAUGGGCGGACGACUUCGCCGAGCAAUACGGCCGGCUUAUGUGGACGCUUAAGUACGGUGUCGAGAACGCUGUGGGCCCCGCUAAUGCCCGUCUGGCCUAUAUGCUUAAGGCCAAGCACUGGGAUCUUACCAUCGUACGGGAUAUCACAAAGCAAGAGGCCGUCGUGGCACGUCUCCGUGGCACCCGGCGCGUGGAGAGCAGCAGCACCUCCGGUGUCAAGGACGCGGCUACUCCUCGUCCUCCUCCUACUGCCGGCGGCGCUCCCAAAGCCUCUGCUACCAACUGCAGAGCACCGAGUCCUACCCCCGUUAAACGGAAGCGCAGUUCCACUCCUUCCAAGCGGAGGCACAUCUCGACCCCCGUCCUCUUGCCUCGACGGCCACUUGCUGCCGAACCUGUGGCUUGUUCACCGAGACGUUGCCCUUCUUUGCAGAGCCUCUUACGGGAAAACCCCGAAGAGAAAGAACAGGAGCCGUAUUUGCCCCAAGGCGGCCUGGCUGCUCCCAGUGCGUAAAUGGCCAUCUUUACGACUCCUUUUGUCUAAACGGGCCUGGUCCGAGCUAGCUGGUCAUGGGAGACGGUGAUCCGCUUCUUUUUAUGGACCUGGAACACGUCCCAAAGUCUUACUACUCACAUAGCGUUAACUGUUCGAGUAAGCCUGCAACGCAACAUUUGCCCGACGUCGACGGGCAGAGAGACGGAGAUUGGAAAAUGAACCAAGAGCGGCACAAUGGAAGUCAAGCAUGGAUGCGUUGCCUGAAAUGAAGACCGUAGCUUUUUAAAACAUGUUUAGCCAUCCCAAUAAAGCAUCUCCAUUCAUGCAAAGAGUCCCCCCCCCCCUGGCGUCUCCUUCACCUUCUUGGGCCGCCCCAUUCCCAAUGAAGAUGACCGGUUCGACAUUCUGACAUGUAAUUACCUCGUUGGCGGUCUUUUUCA